AUGAAUUUCGCACCACAAAACAUUUCCGGUGAGUGUCAUCAUCAUGGAGCACGUUAUUGCGUCUUUACAGUACCGAAAAGCUUGAAAGAAUCAAAACCGGACGCUUAUGCCCCUCAGCACCUCGGCCUGGGCCCGUACCACCACCCGCCCCACCCCUAUAUCCCUAAACAGUUCCCGCUAAAACUCGCGGUCGUCGAGAAAUAUAUUGCCCGCCCGCAAGAGUUGACCAAAAUUCGGAAGAUGGUUGAGGCUGCUCUAGUUCGUUCGGAUCGUCUUAUCCGAUCGUGCUACGAUAAGUAUCUUGAUCGUGAUAUCAAAUUCCUAGCCUGGAUAUUAGCAAUUGAUGGCCUUUUUUUGCUCCAUUUCUUGAUUAAUUAUUCCCCUAAUCAAGACCCUGAAAUGGAAACCCUAGCACCUGAUAUUUUGAUGCUGGAGAACCAAAUCCCCGUCGUUUUGCUUCGCGUAAUUCAAGACACUCUUGAAUCGGAAUCGUGUGUUCCGGACGACAAAUAUUUGUUGUUCGAUAAGUUCCAGGUUUUCUGUCAAAACCAUUCGCCUCUGAAACUGAGCAACAAUCCAAUGAUAGUAAGAAACGUGGACAAGGUCCACCUGCUAGACCACAUGUAUUAUUCGAUUCUUAACAACGUUACUACACUCGGCGCAAUCUCUACGCAAAAGAAUAUUCCUGUUCUUCCCGUUUUACUGAUGAGUGAAACCGGGAGGGUAAAAUUCACGCUUGCGAGUGGAGGAAUCAGGGCGGUCAAAUUUGAUAAGGAGAAGAAGAAAUUUUAUCUACCGGUUAUUAGAGUGAAUGCUGCAUCGCACGUGAUACUGAGGAAUCUGUUGGCAUAUGAAGCAGCAUUGGCCAAACCGGGAUCGACCAUACUCGAGCUCGCACAGUAUGUCGAUUUAAUGUGUCGACUCGUUGAAAAUCCCGAGGAUGUGGCUAUUCUGAGGAAGGCGGAAAUUAUAGUUAGUGAACUGCGUGAUGAAGAAGUUGCCAAUUUCUUCAAUGGGCUUAAGAGAGACAAGAAAAAAGAUUUGUGUGCUUCGUUCAAAAAAAUUAAAAGUUAG